AUGCUGUCGACAAAGUCCGAAUCCGAUAUCACAAGCCUAGCUCCAUCAUCGCCGUCGAGGUCUCCAAAACGUCCCGUGUACUAUGUCCAGAGUCCAUCUCGAGACUCUCACGACGGCGACAAGUCGUCGACGAUGCAACCAAGUCCCAUGGAGUCACCUUCACACCCUUCCUCCGUCGGACCCCAUUCGAGGAACUCAUCGCGAGCAGAUUCUCGGGCAUUCCGGUCUUCUUCCGGGAGGAAAGGUGGCGGGAAGAGGAACGAUAAAGGUGGCCUGAGUGUGGGUGAUAAUGGAAGAAGGGUCGUAUGA